CGAAUUUCACGAACGUCAGUUGGGAAAUACAAUAUGGCGGGCCUGAGUGCGUACAGAGAUCAGCAAUGGCAGGUAUAAAAAUGGUCUUAUUUACAUUUCACUUUGCGUGAAAAAUGUUUCUAAACCUUUAAUGUUUAUAUUUCAGGGUACAAGGGGCGAGCUCGAGUUAACAUUAGAAACAUCUUGCACACUUUACGUCGGAAAUUUGGCGUUUUACACAACAGAAGAACAAAUUUAUGAACUGUUUUCAAAAGUAGGAGAAGUGAAACUUGUAAUAAUGGGUCUUGACAGACAUAAAAAGACGCCAUGCGGGUUUUGCUUUGUUGAGUAUCCUUUUCAAAAUUCAAGUGAAGCCAAGAUGCCAGAAACUGACAUCUAGUGGGUAUGAAGGUUGUAAACAGUUUUCAUACCAUUUCCCAGCUAAAAUAUUCCCCAUCUUUUUUUUUUGAAAAAAUUUUUUUCAUGGCUUUGGCAGAUUUUUGCUGGGCGAUUUGCAGUAGAGUCCCGACAUCAAUAUUAACUAGAGAUGCAUAUUUCCUAUGGGCUAAUUUAGGCAAUUUGGUUCAAUAAUUAGUGUGACAACAUGCAGACGCCAUUUUGACACGCUGUAUGAGCAGCCCGCAACCACCUGGAGAAGAUAGGGUUGCACGGUCAAUCACGUUGAAAAAAUAAUAGGGUCGGCAGAAAAAAAUAGGGUCGGCAGAAAAAAAUAGGGUUGGUCGGGAACCGGAACCACAGUAUUUUUUUUACGCCUGAGUCACAAAAAGUGAGUUGUUAUAUCUGAGGCUUCAUAUAAAAUUAUUAAAAUUAAAAAAUGUCAAUUUCAACACCUCCCCAGGGGGUUCCUUGUCCAGAGAAAGUUUGCCUUUUGCAAAAUCAAAAGUGGUAGAAAAUAUCCUUUUUAACCCUAAAAUUGUGUGACUUGAUCAUGCGAGUCACAAUGAAAUGGCUGAUCUGGUGUUAGACAGAGUAAAAUAAUAAAGUAGGGCACAGUGCAACAUAAUCGGUUAAUCAAUCAUCCGACAAAAAUUUGCAAAUAUUUUACAAUUUAGCAGCAUUUCGAUGAUCUCUUUUUUGUCUCAAAAAUGACAAAUUAAAGAUAGCAAAUGGAGUAUUAUGUGUGUAUUCACUCUGACAUUGGUACGUACUGUCUUUGAUUGCUUAUUUUGCAGCAUGGGAUCUGAUUCUGUGCAUGAGCAAUUACAAGGCAGAUACUAAGGAUUUGUUUGCAAUCUAAUAAAAUGGUAUAAUUUGGUAUGCUUAAAGAAUGGGGAAAGUAAUUGUGGUGGACGAAUAACAUUUAAACAUUGGGAUAUGGUUUCAGAAGAAUAUCCAAAGCAAUUUUUCUUGUCAGCUAGACACAACUUGACAGUACGUAAUUAGUUAAGGGGUAAAAGCAGAAAGUACAAAGGUGUGACCUUGUUGUAUAAUCAAGCAUGUGCAUUGAAGGUUGAAUCGUUAAUAAAUUAUUUCAGUCAUUGUGAUUAAGUACAUAGAAACAAACAAGCAUAGACACAGAAAAAUACUACAUUUAUGUUAAAUUUGUGCAUGCCAUGAGAUAACUAUAAUAAAUAGAGGGAUAUUUACCCAUAUACUGUAUCUUACAAUGGCAUCACUUUAGUAAAUAUACAUGAAAGUUAAAGGUUAAAGCGCUGCACCGGAAUUGCAAUCACUGACACCAGAUGAUUUUACUGGUCAAAGGGAGAGUGCUAGCCUGCUCGCAGUCCGAAUUUGUUGCGCUGGAGCUUAUUGGGUUAACCAAAACAUGACAUAUUUAUUGUAAUAAAUACCAACCGUUAAAUGUGUCUAUAAACUAUCCAUUUUCAGUGGCCAUAUGGGUGUGAUUUCACCAGGAAUGUUACAUUUGAAAUGUAAGCAAAUGUGAAAAUGGCAGUAUAUUGUUCACUUAUGACUUUUAAUCUAAAUGUGAAGUUACCAUCCAUGUCACCAUCAGAUAUAUUCCACCUAAUGUAGAGUUAUCAAAAUAGACCUAGUUAUCCUUGACAGUACACAAGAUAUUACGAACAUGAAGAUGCAGAAAAUGCAACAAGAUAUAUCAACGGAACAAGACUUGACGAUAGGAUCAUACGAACUGACUGGGACACAGGAUUUAUCGAGGGCAGACAGUUUGGGAGAGGAAAGUCUGGGGGACAGGUAAACAUCUCCCAAAUUCAUAAACUCAUUUAUUUAAAUAAACCAAAAAUACUUCAGGUAUAGUAGCCAUUAAAAUAGAGGUUCAGAUUUUGACUACUAUAGCACUACCCUUACCGUUACCCAAUCGGAAGCAUUUAAUGUACCUGACCAACCAAUCAAAUGCGUAUUAAGCCUGCAUGCAAUGCGAAAUAGCGGUGUAGUGGUGAUCAAAUCUGAACCUCCCAAAUAAGUACUGCUCACUGGUCAUUGACUCAUUUCAAAUUGAAGUGAGUCGAUGACCAGUGAGCAGUACUUAUUUGAGAGGUUCAGAUUUAGUCACUGGUCAUUGCCCCUAAAUUUUCACUUUGUCUUUGAUCAGCAAAUAUUGUUGCUUAAUAGAAAUUGUAUGACCGGUAAUUUUUUGCUCAUGAAAAAUAGUGUAGACAAGUAUUAAACAAGCAGGGUUUUUUUUGGGUACGGACCCUCUAAUUUUCUUCAGGAACAAUUUUGUAAUUCUUCCAAAACUGAGGAGAAACUGGGAGGGAGGCGUAACAUCAUUCAUCUCUGACAUUAAAUAUAUUCAAUGCAUUCAUCUCUGACAUUAAAUAUACCAAGUCUGUGGCUUUCAAUAAUUUUGUGUUUUUAAUUUAAAUCAAGGAUCACACAAGAGGUUUUUGAUAAUACUUUUAUUUUAGCUACGUUUCGGAUAGUUUACUAUCCGUCCUCAGGCUAACAAAUGGCUUUCAGAUUAUCAUAAAACAUGUCUGAAGUGCAUGAAAUAGCAUUUCGCAGAUUCAUUAGCGUUGAAAUAGCAUUUCGCAUUCAUUUGCCUAGUUCUGUGUACGAUUAGACACCCCCCCCCCUUCGUUUGGGGCUGGCUACGCCCAUAGAAAAGAGAAGCACAAAACUAAGCAUGAUAAAACCUAGACUCUAGUUUUGUUGGACCACGAGUAAUGAAAUAGGGUUGAGUUUCAGUUUUUAUGAGAUUAAGUCAUGUACACAUGCGAAGCAAUAUCACGACAAUAACUUAAGUUAAUAAGGGAAGAGAUUAUUUCGCUGACCUCAGAGUGACAAAACGUAACAAAGCAACGGUUUUACUGACACUAACUCUACUCCAACUCUAACCCUUACCCUAACCUAGCCCUACUCCAAAUUUGUUUCUAAACCAAUCUUGGAGAAAAAAGUUUUGACGAAAUGUCCUCCUGAGGUCAGCGAAAUAGUUGAUGCCGACAAUAAGCCGCUACGGGAAUAAUUUCGAUAUCGUGUUUCCAUUGACGAUAACUUAACUAUUAUUUUUUCUAUUCUUUGCGUCCAAAGUCGUUAAUAAACUGCAGUACCAGCCUACCAGGCCUUAAAAUAUCGGUCGGUCACGGACAUAGUCUGACCCAUUCGUCAAAUUGCCCGACGUAGAGAGGAAACCACCGGACGUUCUGUCCGGGCCCUGUAAAACAAAUUGCUGCAUGCUCUUAUUAUUAUUUCAUAUAGAUACGUGAUGAAUACAGAACAUCCUAUGAUCCUGGUCGAGGUGGAAAGCCUAAAAGAGAAUCUCUAGAAAGUAGUGAUUCCGGUCCGCCUGUUGUUCAAAGUAGCGCCUGACAUUGACAGUGUAUAUACGAGGAUAUGGUCUUUAUCUUCAAUCAUUGCCAUGGCGUAUUGUAAAAACGAUGUUCCUCUGCUGAUUCGCUAAAGUUAUUGUGACAAGCAGUAAAAUAGUAAUAUCAGUCGUUCUUCUGUUGCAAGAAAGCAAUCAACUACAUUAAGUCCGUUUGUGAUUAUUUAAUCGAUAUUCUUACCAACUGCUUGAUAUCGACAUUAUCUGACCGUUUAGUUUCUUGGAGUGCCUCAGGCUCUUCAUUAUAUCAAUCUACUAAAUCCUUACUUCAUAUUCUACUGUACAUAUUAUAAUUAAUAACUACAACGUGAUAUGUUUAAAAAGUUUAACCUGCCAUAUCCUUUAAAUGAAAUUUUCAUUUUUAGUAGUAUAUGCAUGUGUAUAAUUAUAUAAAAAAAAUUUAAUAUUCGACGUUUUAGAGGUUGUUCAUGUCAUUUUUUAUCAUUCAUGCAUGUAACCAGUGGCAGUGAGCUCCCUGCAUAACUAGCUAGUAUAGGGGCCAUUCACAAAGGAUGUCCGAGCCGAGGGGGGUUUGGAAAAUCAGGACAAACUCG